AUGCCGUAUCCGAAGUCGUCAAAGAAGGACCAUCGAUAUGACAGGGCAAAGAGCCCAAGGUCAACCCAGCCCCCAAAGGCCCCGGAGCCUAACUCUACCGCUAAAUACUUGCCAGUGUCGAGGAAUGACCCCAUCUGCCGAGAGUGGCCAUCUCUCCUCCGUAAAAUUGUCCGAAAGAUUGAUCACACUGGAGUGUGCAUUAUCACGUGUGUUUUACGGAAGAAAGGUCUCGACCCGGGGUUCACAACCACCGUACUCGUCGUCUGUAAUUCUUCGAGCCCCCCAAGCCAUCGAUGCACCUCGACUGCCCAGAUCAGAGCACUCCUCGACAAAAUUCGCCUGUCAAGUGUGGCAGUCGAGUUUGUCCAUGGGGACUUUACUCGGGGAGCCUCAGCUAUCGAUAACGAACAGCUUGACCGACGUGUUCUCCACCAACCGUCCAUGAUCAGCCAAAAGCUUAAGCUACCGGGUCAAUCUGACUACAAGACCUUGGGCCUCACCUGUUUCCACUGCGUGAACCCUAGUGAGAAUGGUCUGCGCCCCGACCUCGUCACAAGGGUGCGGAAGUGGCGCGAAAAUGGGAUUAAACCAGAUGACGACCUCAGAAGAGAACUUCAGAUGGAACACCCGAGUUCCAUGGCAAUUGAAGACAGGAUUGUUUCCCUUAAAGACGAAAUUCGAGCAAUAGAAACAGACAAGGAAUAUGUCCAAUUCCGCGAAUUGGAGGGCGAGGAUAUCGAGUUCGUAUUCGGCCGGACUGCAGCGCGAACCUUUACCAGAAUGAAGGAUACGCUGUCCGAUCUCAACGACUUUCUUGAUGAAAUCCAAACCUUCAAAAACGACAACCGUGCGGCUUUCGGACACGUGUACGCGGCAUCAGGUUUUCGAACAACACCUCCAGUCCCCGGAAGGCCCACAUCAAACCUCGAUUGGGCACUUAUUGAAGUUCCAGACGACCGGAUAGGGCAAAAUGUGACACCCGACGGUUAUGAUCUAAGGGACUCCCCAAUACCUGAAAGCCUUGAAGGAGUGCAGCUCUUCAUUCACGGUCAACGGUCUGGAUAUCGAAAGGGAACAAAGAGCCCCCUCAGGUCAGCCAUUCUCAACCAUGCAAUCCAGGAUGGAGUAGAGAUCAACCGAACCACGUUUGAACAUUGCAUCCACCCGCUGCACACCCCUGAGUACUCCCAUAAGGGUGAUUCGGGUUCGCUCGUAUUCACUAUGUCCCAUGUGGUUGUCGGCAUGCUUUUCGCCGGUGGUGUUAACCACAUGAUGUCCUACUUCACCCCAAUGGAAGUUCUCAUAGAGGAUAUAAAAAACAUCACAAAAGCCACUGAUGUUCGGCUUAAGAUGAACCGCCCUGGAACUUCUUCCUAG